GCUGAAAAUAUAAGGCCAUAGCGCACAUUACUCGAGUGCGAAGUUGUAAAUAUUUGCACACUUCCGCUUUUGAGUCACAAUCGUAGUUGCAACUGAAAUCGGACAUUGUUAUAGCAUUGAAGUCCGGCUUACAAGCUGACUAUGGUUCGUCAUCGCACAUUUUAGUAGUAAACGGAAUUAGCCAAACAGUAGAUGUGGAUGUCAGUUGACCCCUGUUAGCCUCAAGUCAGUUAUUCACAAAAAUGAAAGGGAAACGAAUGCAAACCAUUAAAAGGCAGCUUAAAAAGACAUCAAGACAGACAAGGAACUCCACAACUAUACGUCCAGUGAAAAGUGAUGUUCACACUGAUGACACCUCCACAACAGUGUGUUCUUUGCCAUGCACCCUGCAAAGACGCAGGGGACCACCAAGAAAAACACAAGAGGCCUUCCACACAGCUACCCCUUUGCAAAGUUUAUCCAGGGUGCAGCCAUCCGACAUGAGCUCAGAUGCAAAGGAUGUCAAGGGCAUGAUCUCAGCGGUAGGAUCACAUUGCUAUACGUUGAGGUCUCGCAGCAGGAAGAGAAUUGCAGAGACUGCACAGCCCAGACAACUUAAAAAAAGACCAAUCACAAACACACAAAGCACUUAUCCUGCAGCCAAACGCCAGUGUUCCAGAAAACAGAAAAAAGAUACAAUGAAUUUACAAAUGGAUGACACCGCAUGUCAGUUGCCUGAACCCUCAGGUCCAAGAUUUGACUUAAAGCAAGAUGAACCUUUGCUGUCGUCAGAUCUGUCUAUUGAGCCGAGCGAUCACAAGGAGGAAUUGCCUCAACUUUCAUUCCAGGAGGAGACCGGCGAUGAAGAGGAGCUGCCGAGCUUCUUGAUGCAGACGCCAAAAAAGGCGUCAUCUAUCAAAGAGGGAGUGUUUGUGUGGUGCAAGUAUAGGCAUUUUCCUACAUGGCCUGCAUUGGUCAAACGAGUAAACCACAAGACGAAAAAAGCCACCAUACUCUACAUAGAUGAGCUGUCGAUUCAAAAAAAGAGGGGGUUUACUGUCAGCCUGAAAUCUCUGAAGCCUUUUGACUGUGAAGGAGCGAAUGAGAAUAUGAGUAAAUACCAAGAAAAGUAUGUGGGUGCGCUUGAGUGGUCAUUGGAGCUAAUAACAGACUACAUAAUACGCAUUGCUUGUGGUUCAUUUUCUGGCUCCUUCCUCGAGUACUACGCACAUGACAUGAGCUACCCGGUGAGGAGGAAGUACCCGCAAUCCACAUCCAUCAGCAGCGAUCCAAUGACAAACAGUCAGUGGGGGGAUCAGAGUGAGGAUGGCGUUAAUGGUGUGAGUGGUCAGGAGGAAGAGGAGGCCAGCAAGUGUGCCAAGAGGCUGCUGCCUGACCGCACCCAUGCUGCACACAAUCGCGCCAAUGAGAAGCUUGUGCAUUUCAUCGUCAAGCAGCGAAUGGUUGAGGAUCGGCUGCUGGCUGUCAUUCGAGGGCAGGCGCCGUCCAGGUGGCUCCGCUACUUUCAGACCUCUCAUCGGCGACGUGUGGUGAACAUUUACCUUGAAGAUGAACAGCAGUUAGACCAGGUGUACAGUUACCUGAACGAACUGUACGGGACAGCUGUGGCCACGGUACCUUACCAAGAUGAGGUCAAAUUCAUGGAGCGUGUCCCCUUUGUCCUGGAUGUGCUUCUUCCUGAAGCCAUCACUUAUGCGAUCGCUGGUGUGGACAAUGUCUCCAUAGAAAAGGCAGAAGAAAAGUACCUAAAAGGACGCUGUAUAAGUCACAGGGAAACACAGGAGUUCAACUUGAUGAUUGAGCAUCUCAUUUCUCUAAAAUCCCAAAGGACAUUUUCCAUUCCACCAGAUGACUGAGUGGACUUUAUUGGACUGAGGAUAAAUCUUGACAUAAUAAAUCAUGGACUUUUUAAUGCUUUGAUUCAUGUGAAGACAUCAAACAUGAAAUCACAACUUCACAUACAGUACCUUAUAAAGUAAUCACCGCUGUGUAUUAUGUUAAUUCAUCAAUGCAUAAUAAAAAAUGCUUUUUGUGUACACAAUA